AUGGGUGGUUGUAUCGGAAUAACUAGAAGCAGAAGCGGUCCCAACGAGGAAUCUUCGGGGACUGUGUCGCGGCCUAAUUCGGGUGGCCUAAGGAAAAACCAGUCGCUCUGCCACGAGACUAUUCGUUGGAAAUCUGAUGUGCCAUUGACGGAAGGUCAACUUAGAAGUAAACGCGAUGAGUUUUGGGACACAGCUCCUGCUUUCGAAGGUCGUAAGGAGAUCUGGGAUGCAUUACGCGCGGCGGCUGUGGCGGCCGAGGCAAUGGAUUUCCAGUUGGCUCAAGCUAUUCUCGAUGGGGCAAGUGUAUCCGUACCUAAUGGAUACCUGACGGAAUGCUAUGAUGAAUGGGGUACUAGAUAUCAGGUUCCUAUAUAUUGUCUGUCAUCACCAAUAAAUAUGGUGAAAGAAGCCAGUGGACGGGACUCUCCCGCGGAGUGUUCAGAGCCUGUAGACGGUGGCGCAGCCCUGGCGCUCCGCUUGCGUCUGUCGACCGGAGCCCCCGACAUGGACCUACCUGUGUGCUCCAAACACACUAUCGCUCAUUGCAAGGCAAAGUUACAUUCGCUAGUGAACAUCUCCCCGGUCCGCCAGCGUUGGUUCUACGGCGGCCGGCUGCUCGGUGAUCGUCUAGUGUUAGAGGACGCUAAGGUCACGCCCGGGUACGUGGUGCAGGUCAUCGUGGCGCCCGAAGACAACCGACACAGCUAG